AUGCUGACACACGCACUAACGCUGUGUACGACGGUUUUGCUGCUUGCUGUGACCAAUGCGGAAAACAGAAGAGUGCAACAAAUUUUUCCAUCUGCGCAACAGCAAGGACUGAACAAUGAAGAAAAAGAGUAUCAGCGAAACCCCGCGAAGUCAGCCGAGAAGCUGGAUCCCAGAGCAACCUGGUAUAUUCCUGGAGGUCAGCCGACCUUUCCCAAGUUGGUAUAUGCCUUGAAAUAUGGUUGGCGAGAGGUCUCGGACGAAGAGCACAUGAAGCAAUUAGUAAAAAACGAAGAAAGCGAGCCCCUCUACUGGAUCGUUCGAGCAUUGCCCUGUGCCGCAGAGCCCAUUGAGGGGGCAAAGGUAUUCACCACGGAAAACGGGCAGGCGUACGCCUACUACGGAAGGCCUGAGCUUGUUACCCUCAAAGGGGAAAAGCCU